CUGGGCUAUUUUUUUGUCUUUCCUUUUUUUGUCUUUCUUACAAUAUAUCUCUCUUGUAAAUUAAUAUCAUGCUGAACGGAACUGGAGUUAAAAUCUUCACUGGCACCAGCCAUCCUGAGCUGGCGGAAAUCAUUGCUCGACGCCUUGGUCUACCUCUUGCAAAAGCUGAUGUGACCAAGAGCGGCAUCGGCGAGACAAGCGUCCGCAUCGCAGAGAGCGUUCGCGAGAACGAUGUGUAUAUUAUCAAUACUGGCUGCGGGGCAGUCAACACAUCCCUCAUGGAGCUGUGUAUCAUGAUCCAUGCCUGCAAGAUUGCAAGUGCUAAACGUAUAACGGCCGUCGUCCCUCUUUUCCCAUACGCACGACAAGACAAGAAGGAUAAGAGCCGCGCCCCAAUCACAGCGAAGCUCGUAGCGAACAUGAUACAAAAAGCAGGUUGUGAUCACGUCAUUACCAUGGACCUUCAUGCAUCACAAAUUCAAGGAUUCUUUGAUGUGCCACUUUUCGCCGAGCCAUCAUCAAUCCUGUACAUACGCACCCAUUUCGACCUUCAAAAUGUCGUAAUCGUUUCCCCCCGAUGCGGGCGGGCUACUUCCAUUGCAGAUCGCCUGGGGGUCGAUUUCGCUCUUUUUCACAAGGAACGGAAAAAGGCCAACUCCGUAUCCCGGAUGGUUCUCGUUGGGCAUGUCAAGGACAAAGUUGCCAUCCUUAUCGACGAUAUGGCCGACACUUCCGGAACGCUAUGCCUUGCAGCACAUCAUCUCACCGAAGCCGGUGUAGCCAAGGUUUACGCAAUCGUGACACAUGGAAUAUUGAGCGGCGAUGCUCUAGAAAAUAUUGAGAAAAGCGUGCUGGAGAAACUGAUCGUGACAAAUACGUUACCUCAGAAAGAGAAUCAGGCCAAGUGUUCUAAGAUCGAAGUUAUCGACAUCGGACCUGUCCUCGGGGAGGUUAUCCGGCGAAGUCAUUAUGGGGAGAGCGUGUCGAAGCUCUUCCAUGAGGUUCCCUACUAGAAGGAAUAAACGAGAGAGGAUAUUAUUGUAUGACUGUAUUCGCGUACAGUGCAGGAUCCGAUCAUCAUGUAACCGAUCUGCGAGAAGGAUAUAUAGAUAUAUAGAGGAUAGGCUUGUGUCUAGACCUGGCCAUGGCGCUCGGAUCAAUAUCAGAGCAUCAGAUGAAAAAGCAUGUCAAUCUCCA